AUGGGUAAAGGCACCGACAAGCUGUACAUUACCCACAGCGAGUGGUCUUCUGAGGAUGCCUUCGGCUCUGCUGCUGGCGCCAACGCGCGCAAGUCGGCCAACGCGAGCGCAGGCGCAAACUUCAAGCGAUUACCCUUCAACUUCUGCGCCGUGUCGCUACAACCCUUCGAGCACCCAGUCUGCACCGCCGAGGGCACCAUCUUCGACCUGACCAACAUACUACCGUGGAUCAAGAAGCAUGGAACAAAUCCAGUGAACGGACAACCACUGAAGAGCUCGGAGCUCAUCAAGUUGAACUUCAGCAAGAACGACGAGGACGAGUAUGUGGACCCGGUCACCUUCAAGACCUUCACGGACAACACGCACAUUGUCGCGCUGCGGAAUACUGGCAAUGUAUUCAGCUGGGACACCGUGGAGCGGUUGAACAUCAAGGCCAAGAACUGGAACGACCUGGUGAGCGAUGAGACGUUCGCGCGCAGCGACAUCAUCACUCUACAGGACCCACAAAAUGUUGCUAGCAGAGAUCUCAGCCAGUUCAAGUAUCUGCAAGAUGGCGAGAGCACACUCACGGCCGAGCAAGUGGCCGAGCGCAGUGCGGGAGUCAACGAGCAGAACAUGGGGUCAGCGGCGAAGAUACUCAAGGCCAAAGAAGCUGUAGCACGAGCGCGAGCAGAUCGAGAGAAGAGUCAGGCCAAUGGCAAAUCCUCAGUCGAGUCUCAGGCACUGUCAAACGCGCGCAAAGCACAUGCCGAAGUCGCUAAGUCAAGAACCACCAAACCCGUGCCUUUCAAUGCCGCCCAACACACCACAGGCCAAGCAGCCGCCUCUUUCACCUCUACAGGCCUCACGCCCAACACCUCCGGCGAGCGCGCCAUUAUGAGCGACGAAGAAUACAUGCUCAAACCAAAGCGCGUGAAACAGAAAGGCUACGCCCGUCUCACCACGAACGUCGGCUCCGUAAACCUCGAACUCAACCCCGAACACGCGCCCAAAGCCGUCUGGAACUUCAUCAGUCUGGCGAAGCAAGGCUACUACAAGAACGUCCAAUUCCACCGCAACAUCAAGAACUUCAUGAUCCAAGGCGGCGAUCCCACCGGCAGCGGACGCGGUGGGCAGAGCUGCUGGGGCAAGCCGUUCGCCGACGAGUUAGAAGGCCCACUGACGCACGACACGCGCGGUGUGCUGAGUAUGGCGAACAAAGGCAAGGAUACGAACACGAGCCAGUUCUUCAUCACCUACCGCGCUGUCCCACACUUGAAUCGGAAGCACACGAUCUUCGGCCGGGUGGUCGAAGGACUGGACACGCUGAAGCGACUAGAGGAGACGGAGGUCGAUGACAAAGACCGGCCGACCGAGCGUUGCGAGAUCGAGGAUGUGGUGGUGUACGUCGACCCAUUCGAGGAGUUCAUGAAACAGCGGUCCGAUAAGGAGGCGGCGGAAGCGAGAAAGGAGGCUUUGCGGAGCGAAGGCGGCGCUGAGGAUGAGCGGACGACGUGGACGGGGAAGCGGAUAAGGGCGGAUGGGAAGGUUGAGGGAGGAGAUGCUGGGGCUGGGGUGGGGAAAUACCUCAAGCAGGCGAUGGAGCGGCAGGAUGAGGAGGAGAUUGUGGGCGAUUGGGAGGAUGGGGAGCCUGAGAUGGCGCCACCGCCGGCGAAGAGGGCGAAGGGUGGUGGGUUUGGGAACUUUGAUAGUUGGUGA